ACCGACUAAAACAAUCGUGUUGUACUCCUCACCAUAGGGGGCGGUAAUGCCGUACUUCAUUCUCACUCACAGGAGAGAAAGAACAGCAGAAGAAAGCAAUGCUAAACAAAACAAAAUAAUAAAAUGGGCUCGGAAGAAGGAGUCUUUAAAUGGACUGAUGCCAACACGGCAGAUCUAAUUGUGUGGAGAGUCAGCAACAACAGACUGUUUACAGGCAGAAGAAAUGCAGCUAUUAAAGCCUUCGAGCUGUAUGUGAAAGAGAAACAGCUGGAAGGGAAAGUGACUCCUGCAUGGGUGCGAAAGAAGUGGGAGAAUCUCAAACAGAAGUAUAAGGACCUCAAAAGCCUCAAUAUGGCGGGAGGAGACACAGCAAUCGCGACCUGGAAGUGGUACGCCAUCAUGGAUGGCGCGCUGAGCAGCGAGAUCCCCCUCAACCAUUUCAUCAAGCCGGACCACGUGACCUCAUUUGCUCAGGACGCUCCUCCUAUCAAGCAGAGAAAGGAAGAGGAUUGGUUGAUAGCGCUGCGUGAGAUGGAGAGGCGGCAGGAGGAACGAGAGAGACAAGCGGCGGAGAGAGAGGACGAGAGAGACAGACGCGCUGCCGCCCGAGAAGAAGAGAGAGACCGACGGGCCGCAGAGAGAGAAGAGAGGAGAGAGAGACAGGCGCUGGAGAGGGAGGAGAGGAGGGAACGGGAGAUGUUUGCGAGAGAGGAGCGGUGGGAGAAAGAGAUGCUGGCUAGAGAAGAACGACAGGAAAGGGAGUACAGAGAAAGAGAGGAGAGGAGAGAAAGAGAAGCUGCUGCCAGAGAAGAAAGACUCUUUAAACUCCUCGAGACAUUUCUGGCCAACAAGUGAAACUCUUACUGACAGUUACAUUCCAAGAUUUGACUAUUUUCUGCUAAUAAAUUGUUUUGCAUUACCA